AUCGUCUCUUCUUCUUCUCCCUCCUCCUCCUCUUCGUCAGCAGUCAGCCAGUCACGGUCACCGGCGGUUGAUCAUGGCUUGCCGUAGCCAACAAUGCCGUCGUCGUCGCCGGAGAGAAGGCGAAGGUGCCAAGCAGGAGAGAACUCUUGCUAGUCCACCAAGCCGUCCCCACUUCUUCAAGAUCGUACUCUCUCAAACGCUCGAAUCGGGAAAGCUUGGAAUUCCAAAAAGCUUCUUAAGAAGAUAUGGAAAAGACCUCGAGGGUUCGGUGCUUCUCAAGGUUCCAGGUGGUUCCACCUGGCCUGUGGAACUAGAAAAGAGGGGCAAUGACAUGGUUUGGUUGUGGAAAGGGUGGCGAAAAUUCAUGGAGCAUUAUUCGAUCGGUCAUGGUCACGUCACAGUCUUCAAGUAUGAAGGGGACUCCAUUUUCCAUGUGAUAAUAUUCGAUAAGAGUGCUUCCGAGAUCGAUUAUCCCUUGAGCAUCGAAAGUGAUCUAUCAGGCUCUGAGGGCGAAUUGCUCUUGCGAAAAGAAGAAAAUUUCGUUGAAAUUGAGGACUCAGAGGGUUUCGUGCCUUGUCCAUGGCCAAGUCCAAACAGCUCGUUGCGAGAAUUUGGAGGUCAAAGGCGUUGUACUGCUCUUGAAUCAGCCAGCCAAUUCGAGUCGGACCAUCCUUUUUUCAAAAUGGUGAUGCGGCCUACUUAUAUUCAGAGUCAUUUGAGAAUCCCUUCUGAAUUCUUCAGGAAACAUGUUCAAAGGAACAAGCAAAUUGCGACUCUUAGGUACUCAGACAGAUCGUGGUAUGUGAAGCUGAGGAGACAUGAACCCUUAGAUAUGGGAUGUCUCUCCAUCGGUUGGUCCUUCUUUGCAAGAGAAACUGGUCUCCAUGUCCGAGAUGUCUGUGUGUUCGAGCUCGUUGAUAGGGAUAACAUUGUCUUAAGAGUCUCCAUUUUCAGCAGUAAUGGUCGGAUCCAAAUCAAACAGUCUCAAUGCCGAGAGAGCUCUUCGGAGUCAGCUUUCCACACAUCUUCAUGUCUGAGCCCUGUCAAUGCACAUGAAAAGGCUUGCAAAUUCGAAUCAGAGUAUCCGUUUUUCAAUAUUGUGAUGUGCCCUAGUCAUUUGAACAGAAAUCAUGUGACCAUUCCAAGGCAGUUCAUAGAGACACACAUUCAGAAAGACCGUCGAAUGGCGACUCUUGUUUACUUGGGGCGAUCAUUUGAGGUGAAGCUCCGGGUCUAUCGGCGCUAUUACAAUGCAUACUUGGGGGCCGGUUGGUCCGCAUUCGCAAGAGAAACUUGCCUUGAUGAAGGAGAUGUCUGCAAGUUCGAGCUCGUCAAUACGGACAAUAUUGUGUUCAGAGUCUCCAUCAUCAGGAGUGCGGAUAAAGAAGUGAUUUGCGUCGAGUAACAACGGGAAGCGUUGCAAUUUAGGAAAGUUCUCGCGUAAAUCUUUGUUUUCUGUUAAUUGCUAAUCAGAUGAAUGCAAAUCUACUUGAAUCAGAAGGUUCAUGAGAACAGUCAUUGAUGGUUUAGAAGAGAAACAGGGGAAGAAGAAUGUAGUAAAACUCAUUUUCUUGACCGUUUUCUAAGG